UGCAAAGCACAAUUUCCGAAGCUAAUCCCAAAAAUUGAAUAUAGACUUAGCAAGGUAGCAUUCCUUACUCCACAAAUUAACACGGAUGGAAUUAUCGAUAGAUUUUAGGCGCUCGAGUUUUCAUUUUUCUUCGCUUUCUUAUUCACAUAAUCACCCGUGCAAGAAGGGUCGAUCGUUUCUCUCUGGGGCUUGCAGUGGAGUGUUGGCUUCUCCUCAUGGAUUCCAGUCUGGCUAUGUUACUCUUAAACGGAAAACUCAAAGAUAUUCAGACACAUAUGGCCGUCCACACAAAACAAUAUGUGUUUUGAGGGAAGGCCAUUAUCCUUCCCAGAGCUAUUUCAACCAUGAAGAGGAGCUGCACAGAACAUAUAAUGGUUGGGGAAGUUGUAGAAAGAGAAAAGUUUUAAGAGACUUAGUUGUUAGGUCUGAACUUGCAGAUACCGGAACUGCUGGAGCCUCAUAUCCAUCAUCAGAUAUUUGGUUCAAUUCGAAGUUUAGAGGAAUUUGCUUCUAUAUCGUAACAUCUAUUGCUGCCAUCACUUUAUUCGUUCCAAUGGUUCUGCAGCAUCCAUUUGUCCUCAUGUUUGAUCGAUAUCGUAGAAAAGCCCAGUAUCGUAUCGCUAAAGCCUGGGCCUUUUUGACGGUUGCUCCUUUCUUCAAGAUCGAGUACGAGGGAUUGGAAAAUCUCCCUCAAACUGAUACCCCCGCCAUGUAUGUGUCCAACCACCAAAGCUUUUUAGAUAUACAUACUCUUCUGACCCUUGGGAUAAGCUUUAAAUUCAUUAGCAAGACAUCAAUUUUUCUUUAUCCAAUUAUUGGAUGGGCCAUGUUUCUGAUGGGUGUCAUUCCUUUAAAGCGCACAGACAGCAGAAGCCAAUUGGAAUGCCUCAAGCAGUGCAUGUCCCUGAUCAAGAAGGGUGCAUCAGUCUUUUUCUUUCCGGAGGGCACUCGGAGUAGAGAUGGAAAGUUGGGUACUUUUAAGAAAGGAGCAUUCACAAUUGCUGCGAAGACUGGGGUACCUGUUGUUCCCAUUACUCUGAUUGGGACAGGCAAAAUCAUGCCUCCUGGAAUGGAACAAGAAGUGAAUCCAGGAUUGGUGAAAGUAAUCAUUCAUCCUUACAUAGUAGGAAAUAAUCCAGAUGAACUCUGCAAGGAGGCUAGAAAUAUUAUUGCUCAGGAACUUAUUCGUCAAGGCUAGGUGACCAUAUCACAUUUUGUUUCUCUCCAAAAAUUAAGAUUUUGAGGAGCAUUGAGAUAGUAUUAGCUGAGAGUUUUUGCGCAUCCUCUGUGUUUUUCUGCUCCGGUGGUAACUCCUGGUUUUAGCCUGAGCAGCAAUAAAGCAAAAAGUUUGUGUUUGAUAAUCGUUUUUAGUAGGUCUUUUGCGAAACCGUCUCACAGACUAAGAGUCGUGGAAUGGAAUGAUCUGAAUAAUACUUUUGUUGGUAUUAUUUGGAUUUUUCAAUUUCACAAGAUUUUGUAUUGCAUCUUUACUCUGAUACUGGUACAAAUUUAGGUUUCUUGAA